ACGAUUAAAAUCAGCUUCUCUGCGAGAGGGAGGCAAUAGGCAAGUUGGAGGCAGGAAGAGUGAGGGUGUUGUAAAUGCAGGAAAAAAAGAUUUCUUUAUUUGAUUUUAUAAAAACAUAAACUCAACAAAGACUGAGGCACUGCUGCUGUGAUCUCUUCCUUUGCUCGCAGUUUUAUUCUGCAGAUUGGUUUAGACUGGGGCAGAGACAUGAGCUAAUUGUAUCCUGAUCUUUGCCUUGAGGGGUUUCGGAGCCCUGGAGCAAGUAUUCUCUGUAUUUUUGUUCUGUCUACCUUAGCCAAGCUAUUGCAUUUCUCACUGGUGUAGGAAGAGAAGCAGAUCGUGGGCCAAAUCGGCGGGAAAAGGUGCACAAAAAGAUACUUUAUGCCGCUCUAUGUUUCAGGAUAAUCGCUCCAGCAUGUCCAGGCCCAUGAUCACACGGUCACCAGUGUCUCCCUUGAGUAACCAGGGCAUCCCCACACCUGCACAGCUCACCAAGUCCAACGCCCCUGUGCAUAUUGAUGUUGGCGGACACAUGUAUACCAGCAGCCUGGCCACCUUAACAAAAUUCCCAGAAUCCCGAAUUGGUCGUCUCUUUGAUGGCACAGAGCCUAUAGUCCUGGACAGCCUGAAGCAGCACUACUUCAUUGACAGGGAUGGACACAUGUUCCGCUACAUCCUCAACUUCCUCAGGACGUCCAAGCUCCUCAUCCCAGAUGACUUCAAAGACUAUAGUCUGCUGUAUGAGGAAGCACGAUACUUCCAGCUGCAGCCAAUGCUUGCAGAGCUGGAGCGCUGGCGCCAGGACCAGGAGCUGGGCCGGGUGUCACGCCCCUGCGAGUGUUUGGUGGUGCGCGUUGCACCUGACCUGGGUGAGAGGAUCACGCUUAGCGGUGAUAAGGCCCUGAUUGAAGACGUGUUUCCAGAGAUCGGUGACGUCAUGUGCAAUUCUGUCAAUGCUGGCUGGAACCAUGACUCCACGCACGUUAUCCGCUUCCCGCUCAAUGGGUACUGCCACCUCAACUCGGUCCAGGUUCUAGAGCGUCUCCAGCAGCGUGGCUUUGAGAUCGCCGGCUCCUGUGGCGGAGGCGUGGACUCAUCCCAGUUUAGCGAGUACGUCCUGAGGAGGGAACUGAGGAGGACGAGUCAGCGAGGACCCAAUUCAAACAGGAUAAAGCAAGAGCAGCUGGACUAGAAACCUCCCGAGCACAAGGAGGUGCUAGACUUUUCUGUGGCAGCCAAAUGCUCAAUGCUGCAGAGCUCUGUGGACUCUUUUCUUCAUUUCCUUGUUGAUGUUUAUGUUUUCUUAAACUUGAGAAACAUCUAGAGAAUAAAAAAGAGGUGCAACAGGAGAUUUUUUUUGCCAUGAGCAGAUACAAGAAAUUUGAUAAGUUUGAGAUUGCAAGGACAUUUGUGAUUGUCUAGCCCCCAUAAACCAAUUUACAAAAGGAUUUAUAUAUACUGGAUCCCUAAACAAAGUUUGUUUUAAAACUUGGAGCCUACAUUAGGUUAAAUAUGAAUUCUGCUAUACACAUAUUAGUUAAAAAGGCUUUUAUUGCUGAUGUAUGUUGCAUAGCUUGUCUCCAGUGACUUGACUUUGCUGUCUCACUGGCAAAUCUGGCUAAGUCUGUUUUUAUUCCACAUUGUAAAAAGGUCACUAAUGUGUUGCUUACAGUACAGAAUGUCUCAGUUGUCCUAAACAGUUAGUUUCAACAAAGCAACCUUUUUUCACAUUUAACAUGAUGCUGAAUAUUGUGAUACCAAUGAAGUGUUCUUUUUACUUAAAUGGAAGUUAUUUUAUUGGAUUAAAAGAUAAAAUACAGUUGACAUUAGUAUCAAAUUUUAAUAUCCCAGACCAUUAUAUACACAGUAAAGAAAAUAAUUUUGUAAAUUAUUAUGUCAUAUCAUUUCCAUUAUUUAAUUGGAUCAUAAUAUUCCUCUGACCUGUAAAUUGUUUAAUUGUAUAUGUGUUGUGUUUUUUCUUUUUUUUUUUUUUUUACACAUUUUCAAAGCAAAUUUGUUGCUUCAGACAUGACUGAACAGAUUAAAAGCAUAUUGUACUACCCACUCCAAGGCCAUGUUUACUUGUAGCACAUGUUGAUAUGAAGUUAAAUAUAAAGUAUUUCUAAGAUGACUGACCCACCCACGCUACCUAGAUUUGAGUAAAGAGGAAUGUAGCAAAAAUGUGAAAUAAAUCUCAGCUAAAGUUGUCAUGGUGUUUGUUCGCUGUUUUUGCAUUGCUGUAGAGACUGUUUGCUGUUCGCUGUCUGCCCAGUGCUGCAUUUGAAGCACAGUAGUUAGACAGUAAUCCCUACAUUUAAAUUUACUGCACCUGUCCUUCAUCUUAAAAGUCUUUCUUGCUUUCUGAAUGUGGUCAGUGGAAAACAAGAAGCAAAAUAUUUCUGCCUUAGAGGAUCUAUGCUGGUGCAUCACUGACUACAUGGGCAUUCUUUACUUAGUUAUAUUGGACAGAGCCGACUUCUCCAUGCAAGUCCUGUCAGUUGUACUUCCACACAUCCCUGCAGGGCCAAAAUCCAAAGUAAAAUCCCACACGGAGCCCUGUCAUCUUGUCUUCAUCCCUUUUGGCAGAAUCUCCACUUUCUUUGGCUAUCUACGGUUUGUGUUAUAUGUCUCCCUUUCAGGCCUCUUUGCCCUAGAUUCCCUUUUGACUGACUGUUAUUCUCAUAGGCUAGAGGUGCAACUGUGUUGUGAGCGGUGCACAGCAAUGCUUUCCUCUCAGUCAUAAAAUCAA